AUGAGCAAGUGAUUAUCAUUCUAUAUAAUAUUUCAUGUAUGUGAUUUGAGUCAAAAAUUUCAAUAUUUUCAAUUCUUAUUAAAUUUUCAAUUUUUGUGUAGCUUCAAACUUAAAAUAACUCGAGUUCAACAUUAAAAGCAUCAUGGAUGGAUCAUCAACCAAAAAUUCCAAAAUGUUGAGAGUUGCUUCAAAAAAUGUCUCCAAAGUUGAUUCGAGAAAACCAAAGUUUGCUAUAGAGGGCUCAAAGCUUGCUUUAGCCGACCCCAAACGUGCUAGAAGGAUAUUGACAAAAAGAAAAAUCUUUAAAAGACUAAGAGAAAAGGAGUUUAAUCGUUACAUUUUCAAUCAAGAGAAGAGGGUAGCAAUAUUGCAAAAAAAAGCAGACCACAUAUCUGCAUUCAAUACUAAGUGUAUCAGAAAUGUUCUAAAACUCGCUGCUGAAGUCAAUGAAUUAAGACUGAAGAUGCAAACUGCGAUGGAGGUUAACUGCUCGCAAGAGGUAAUCCUUAAUGCUAUGAAAGAGGAAAAACAACGUUUGAUAGAAGACAUUUUGCGUUUGCGACUUUUAAAUGAGUUGGGGCCAGAAUACAAUGAUGAGACCAUGCAGACUUAUUUACUUGCACAACAAUUUCAACAUGAUGAUGAGAAAGGGGAAGAAGACGGGGAUGAUGUAAUGGAAGAUGACGGGGAAGAUGAGGAUGAGGUAAUGGAAGAUGACGAGGAGGAUGAAGACGAAUAGUGUCAGUAUAGUGGAGACUUUAAAAAGAUAAUAUCUUUGAAUAAUAUUUCAAUUUAUUUAAAUCCUUUAGUAAGAAAAAAUCAU